AUGGUUGACCCACACAGAUUGCCUGCCUCUCGGGCUUGUGCUGUAGAUUUGAGCUCAUGCAAUGGCCGAUGCUCGCUCGGACAUUCGUGUUCUCUACAUAUGUGGGCUCGGUAGCAAUACUACAGGUGCAAAGCCAACAUAUUUGCGGCAGCACUUCAAACAUCUUUCCAUCCCUUCUGUGAAGCAUGCCAGCUACGCGGCGACGCGUGAGGCUUUGGCCAAAGAAUGCCGCAGCUUCAAGCCGGACAUCGUUGUUGCCCAUUCGGCUGGUGUGGGGAAGGCUGUCACCCUAGCCACCACUGGCACCUGGAAGGGGCCCUUGCUGCUGCUUGCUGGUGGCAAUGGCUGUGCUCCAGUCUCUGACAUGACUGGCCGUGCAGUCACGCUGGUGGUUCCAAGUGACGACAUGGGCGCAGAGCACCAGCGACGAGCCGUGCGAUGUGCCCUAGAGCAAAGCCUGGUCUGCACUGCGGAAGUCAAAGACACGCACGAUCUGAACACUUCAAUGGUGGACCAGGACCGCCUCCGGGGCCUCAUCAUAUCGACAGUGGAGCGCCACGCGGGUGGUGCAACUUCGCCUAUGGAAGUAGCGCCCGAGGGAGAGUCGUGUGCAACCAUUGAAACGCCGGUGAAGGAGCAAGUGAAGUGGCUGUUUUCCGAAUGGGAUCUCAAUGAUGAUGGCCUGGUUUCACGCGAUGAGUUCAAGGACUGCUUGAGCAGAGUUUGUGGAGAAAUGACCACCGACGAUGUCGAGCAUGUGGUGCACGCCGUUGACAAAAACCAAGAUGGACAGGUUGAUACCGAAGAGUUCUUGGAAUGGGUCUUCUCUGGUGCGGAACACUCUGAGAAACUCCUGGCUGAGACCACAGAGCCUCAGACUGCGAAAGCUCUCAGUGCAGAAAUGCCACAGCCACAGCCCGAGAGCCAUGAGGGGAAGCAGUCCUUGAAGCAGUCCAUGAACAACCAAAGAGCAUCUCUGCAGGCAAGCUUUGCAUUCGAUGUGUCACUAAGCACUGUGUAUCACUUGACAUGCAAGUCAUAGGAAUCUUAAUGAAUGUAGCC